AUGGCUGUAACUUCACCUACUCUUGCUUCGUUGCAAGAUACCACACAUGACUACUAUAUUCAUCCCAAUGAGAAUCCCUCUCUUGUUCUCGUUUCUCCAAUUCUUGAAGGUCCAAAUUACCAUGGCUGGGCUCGUGCAAUGGCAAUGUCGCUGCAGAUGAAAAACAAGUUUGGUUUUGUCGAUGGUUCUAUUCCUUGUCCUGAUGCACCUAAUCAAAUGAUACCUGCUUGGAAGAGAUGCAAUAAUCUGGUGCUCUCAUGGAUCAAUCAUUUCGUUUCUCAUGAGAUUGCUACGAGCAUUCUCUGGAUUGAUACUGCAGCUGCGGCAUGGAAAGAUCUUAAAGAUCGUUUCUCUCAAGGUGAUUCUGUUCGUAUUUCACAAUUGCAUCAAGAUCUUUAUUCCAUGCAUCAAUCUGAUCUAACUGUUACUGCUUAUUACACUAAAAUGAAGAUUCUCUGGGAUGAGCUUUGUAACUAUCGUCCUAUUCCUGAGUGUCAAUCUGUUACUUUGUGUUGCUGUGAUGUUUCCAAAACACUGAAAAAAUAUCGAGACAAUGAUUGUGUGUUAUGUUUCUUAAGAGGUUUGAACGAUAACUACUCUGCUGUAAGAUCUCAGAUUCUCCUCAUGGAUCCUUUGCCUUCUUUGACCAAGAUUUUUUCAAUGAUAAUCCAACAAGAGCGGCAAUUGCAGACGAGUCCUCUUCCUGAAUCUUCAGUUAUGGCUGCUCAGGUUCCACAACAAGUUUCUUAUCAGAAUAAACCUUCUUAUUCUUCUUCAAAUUCUGGCAGAGGAAAAGCAUCAUAUCAAGGCAAUCAGCCUAGACACUCAGGAGGAAAGGUUGGUGUGAAUAGGCAAUGUACUCAUUGUGGCAGGACCAAUCAUACAAUAGACACAUGUUUUCUGAUUCAUGGAUUACCUCCUGGAUUCAAGUCCAAAAAGGUUCACAAUAUUACCACAUAUUUGACUUCUUCUUGUGAUUCUUCAGUUCUUGGCCUUUCUCAGGAACAAAUUCAGAGUUUACUAGCUCUUCUUCCUCAGACCAAUCUUGUGAGCUCUCAAUGUGUCCACUUCUGCUCAGACUCAUGGUAA